GCAUUUGUUCCUUUCACUAUUGACAAUCGGCCUUCAUUAACGUUUGUGGACCUUAGUGCGGUAUCAUUGGUUACGAUGGUUUGUUUGGACGAUUAUUUACGUUCGUUCCUGUAGGAAACAAGCUCUCAUUAGAAUCUCACAGGACGACAUUGGCCGCAGAGAGUCUUUUGUGGCCACUUCCCUUGGCAUUGAGGCCUCGUAAAUCGGUUGUGGAUUCACUGAGUGUCGCUUUUUUUUCCAGAUUUUUUCAACCCGUUUUUUUUUUCUCUGCUGAAGUCCUGAGGAAUCUUUUUUUGUGAAGCCGAACCAGGCAAGGCUAGGGCAGCUGGAAUUGUGGGCAUACUUAUAGGAAUAGUGGGUCUUUGCAAUCUCGUAUGUGGUUUCAUCUAUAUUGCACUCGGUGGAAAGGAUGGUGCUGGUCUGUGGGUAGGAUUCCCGCAUAUGAUCAUUUUUGUCCUGGGGCUGGUGACAUGGCUUCUUCUGAGCAAAGGGGCGUUCAUCGCUUACCUGGUACUGAGCAUUCUCAUGGAUAUUGUGACCACUGUUUUCGUGAUUAUCUGUCUAAUUGCGUGGCUUAUCUGGCACCUAAUCCGAAAGGUAGUGGAGUCAGAAUGCGAACAGGUAGGAUCUCAGUGCAUUUGCAACGCUGAGAAGAAAGUCCCAAUCCCAGUUGACAAGUGCAGUCACAUCAAAACAAUUGAAAGCUGUUUUGCUUGCAUGACGUUCGUUAACAUCCUCGGAGUCAUUUUGCUUCUUGCUUCCUCUAUCAUUGGCUGUAUGGGAACUUGCUGCGCCAAAUCUGAAACUAAUGUGGUUGUGGUGCAACAGCCUGCGAUGGUGAUGACGACCGUGACGACUCAACAGCAAGGUCAAGCUCCACCAGAAUACCCCGAAAAGCCAGGUUACUAAGGGAUCUUGUCUCCGUUAACAGCGGAUCAAGACCAGUCGAAAAAAAGGAAACGGGGAGAGGAGAGGAAAAAUACGAAGCGCUUAAAAGUUCAAUGCAUAAAGUAAACAAAAUUUCACCAGUUAACUUGUAAUAUAUAUCAUACUUGUGGUAGCCUAAAAUUCAGUGUAUUCGAUGGAUAACCAUUCUGAACACAGCAAAUGUUUUGGUCAGCGUGCUUUCACAAUGAACAGCUGCUGCGCAAGUUGCACUUUUCGUUUUUGUCUCAGGGCUUGGUUGUACAACUUCGAUCUCAAGGCUUUCUCUCUUCCUUCCUCCAUGGAGGGAGAGGGAUGACCUAGGAACGAGAUUUUUAGGGGGGUUUGUAUCACCUAGACCUAGUAAUAAUAAUAAUAAUAAUAAUAGUAAUAAUAAUGAACAAUUAUUCCACAAGCGCGCGUUGGAUAUGAGAUGAUAG